AUGUCCUGCAUGUCCUCACGAUUGGCCGUCUUGCCCCUGCUGGCAUGGGCCGGCGCAGCCGCCGUGUCGCCCGACAACGUGGACAUUCGAACCUGUGCACCGCGGAUCCCGGCGCCGCUGCAGCGCUACGGGCGGUUUCUCUGCCCAUCGGCCCUGGACGAAGCGACAGCGAGAGCACCCAGCCAGGAGGGGGACGACGAGGAGGGGGACGAUGACGAUGACGAUGACGACGACGACGACGAAGAAGGGGAUGAUGGCGACGACGGCGCACCCACCCAAUUCUGUGUCUACACCAACCACCGGCACGGCAUCGGCGGCCUCAGUAUCGUGACGACACCCGAGACGGCGGCGGCGAGCAUGGCCGUCUGGGACGAGGCGCUGCCGGCGCCGCCGGAACUGGCGCGGAACGCGUCGCGGGCCUACGCCAUGGUCGACGUGCCGGGCCGCGGCAAGGGCGUCGUGGCCACGCGGCGCAUCCGGCAGUACGAGGCGUUCAUGGUCGACUAUGCGGCGCUGGCCGUGGACCUGCGGGUGGCCGGCGGGGCCGUGCCGCGCGACGAGGGCUACCGGCUGCUGGGCACGGCGACGGGCCAGGUCAGCGACCCGGCGCGGGUGCUUGGGCUGGCGCAGACCAGCACGGUCGCGCGCCACCCGGUCGAGAACGUGCUGCGGUCGAAUGCGUUCCACACGGCGCUGGGCGCCGACGCCGACGACCACAUGGCGCUGUACCCGGACCUGGCGCGGAUCAACCAUGCAUGCAUGCCCAACCUGGCCGUCACCGUGGCCGCGGCGCGCGACAUUGCCCCGGGCGAGGAAAUCACCACCCGGGCGGCCCGCCAACAGGCGCUGCUCCGCUGGAACUUUGUCUGCCAAUGCCCGCUCUGCGCGGCCGCCCCCGCCGACGUGGACGCCUCCGACGCCCGCCGCAUCCGCAUCGACGAGCAGCGGGCCAGCGUCGAGCAGGCCGUGGCGCGGCGGCACAGCAGCCCGCGCGCCGCCAAGCUGGCCGCCCUCGAGACGAUCCGCGACCUGUUCCCGCGGCUGCACGAGGAAGAGGUGUUUACGGCCUACGGCGAGCAGUACGCCAACAUUGGGCGGCUGUACUGGGCGCUGGGCGACCGCAGCCAGGCGCAGUUUUACGCGCAGCGGUCGCUGGACAUGCUGGCCGACCAGGGGUUUCUGGGCGCGGCGGACCGGGACAAGGUGCAUCUGUUGAUGAGGACAUUCUAG